AUGAACUAAAUGGGAAAAGCAAAUCAGUCUGUGGUAUCAGAAUUUAUUUUUAGUGGAAUUUUUAAUUCAAGGGAGCUCCAAACCUUUCUCUCACUGCCAUUUGCUAUACUGUACCUGACGACUGUUGUGGGCAACCUCCUUGUGCUCUUGAUCAUCUCUGACCCUCAUCUCCAUUCCCCCAUGUACCUUUUCUUGGCCAGUCUCUCAUUCGUUGACUUCUGCAUUUCCUCAGUCACCACCCCUAAACUAACCACAGACUUCCUAAGGGAUAACAAUACCAUCUCCUUUAGGGGCUGCAUGAGCCAGAUUCUCUGUGUGCAUUUCUUUGGAGGUGGUGAGAUGGUACUGCUUGUGACAAUGGCCUAUGACCGUUAUGUGGCCAUCUGCAAGCCACUCUGUUACUCCAGCAUCAUGGACAGAAAAAAGUGCCUCUGGCUAUCAUGGAUAUCAUGGAUCAUUGGGUGCGUACAUGGCAUGAGUCAAAUGGCAAUGAUUCUGGAGCUGCCAUUCUGUGGACACCAAAUAGUGGACAGCUUUUUCUGUGAAAUCCCUUUGGUGAUCAAACUAGCCUGCAUGGGUACACAUACUCUGGGAACAUUGAUAAAUGCUGACAGCGGGGUCUUGGCAACAACUUGCUUCAUUCUCUUGCUGAUCUCCUACACCUAUAUCCUAUUAACUGUUCACCUUCGCACUAAGGAUGGGACAUCAAAGGCACUCUCUACCUGCACUUCCCACAUCAUAGUAGUGGUGUUGUUCUUUGGACCCUGCAUCUUCAUCUACCUGUGGCCAUUCAGCAUUACUUGGGUGGACAAUUUUCUUGCGGUGUUUUACACAGUAAUCACACCUCUCCUGAAUCCAGCCGUUUACACAUUGAGAAAUAAAGAGAUUAAAAGUGCCAUAAAGAGACGGAUAAGUCAUCAUAUGGAUUCAAGGGAUAAUUUUUAG